AUGCCAACAGGUAUAGGAUCUCAUGGCCAUUUGGUUAAUAUUCAAGAAGAUGGUUUGGAAACUAUAAUGAGUGAUACCAGUCCCUUAGGUAGACGUGAUAGUUUUGAAGCCUGUAAUGGAGUUGUCACUGAUAAUACUAGUAAUGAAUCGUCGUCUGAUGAAUCCAACAUAACACCUGGUCACCUUAAUAAUGGUUAUGGGAACUACAAUGGAAUUAAUUCUGGUUUGAACAUCACUGGCCAAAGAAAUACAAAGAAUACAUCAAGUUCAGCAGAAGCAGCAGCAGUACCACCAAUAUCAACCACGACUCCUUCGAAUUCUGUCCGUGCUAAGGAAAAACCCUCUUCCGGUUCUUCGAAAGUAGCUUCAAACUCUCAGGUUUUACAUGAAGGUUCUUCAAAAGAGGGUAAGCGUACAGCAUGCGAAUAUAUGGUGACUUUGGUCCUGUUGAAUGAUACAUUUGUUAAGAAACAAUUGCACGUACCAUAUUAUCCUGAAACAAUGAAGUUGGGACGUCCUAUAGGAGCAAAGAUCAAGCCAGAUGUGAAUAAUGGGUACUUUGACUCAAGAGUUCUCAGUAGAAAUCACGCUGAUCUUUACAUAGAUCCCACGACUGGAGAUCUUAUGCUUAAAGAUUUGAAUUCUUCUAAUGGUACAUUUGUUAAUGAUGUUAAACUAGGAGCAGAACCAGUGGCGUUGCAAAUUGGUGACACCGUUCAUCUUGGGUUCAAUAUUCAGGCUGAAUCUAAUCAUAAACAAAUCUCCGUCAGAGUAGAGAACAUCAACAUAAUCACCAAUUACAUGGGCAACAAUAUGAUGUGGAAUGAUAAGAGAUCGAAACAUGUUGAAUAUGUGAGGAAUAUUUAUAACCAAUUGUGUACUAUGGAAAAGGAGGAAACACCAGAAGAGGUAGUGGAGUCAUUUUCAUCAUCCAAACGAAUGGUAACAUUUGACAAUGCAUUAUUUGGAGAUAUUAAUCCCAAAUUUGAGGAUAACUUGUUGGGUCUCUUUAAUAAAAAUGGAGCUGGUUUCUUCAAUAACUCACAGAUUAUCAAUAAUACUGCAUUAGAAGGUGUUUUAAAUAUUUUAACUCUAAGUUUGAGUGAGGUGAGACAACAGAAUAAUACCCUUAAAUCUCUUGAAAGCUAUAUCAGGAAGUAUCUGACACAAACAGACAUCCUCGUGCAACGUCACAUUGAUGAUAUCACCAACCGAAAGUUUCACGAAAUGGAUAUCAGUUUUAAUAAGGAGAGACAACAUCAUCGCAGUAUGAAGCUGGAGUACAAGCAUUAUAAGGAGGAAGCAGAAGGCAAGAUAGACAUAUUGAAGAAUGAGAACAUUGAACUUAGUAAUGAAGUAGGAGAAUUGAAAGAUACAAUUCUAAUGCUCCAACAGAUGAUGUCAUCGUCUUCUAAAUCAUCUUCAGAAAAGGAAAAGACAAAGGAAGGUGAAACGGUGACUGAAAUAAAUUCCGAAUCCAAUUUCAACAUUCCCAGAGAUACUUUAACUGCUGCAACUGAUCCAGUGGAAUGUUUAGACACCCUUGCAGCACAGUUAAGUGAAGUUAUUGAGAAACCAAAGGAUGUUGAUGAUGAUGACAUCGAGGUCCACCAGUUGGAGCAUCUUCUGAAUAGUAGUGAAGCCCUGGAAGAUAGAGAUGAUUGUAUAGCUAAAGAAGUGGAGCAGACUCGAAGCCUGACGUCUACACCACCGCAAUCGGCGUCUUCGUCAUCAUCGAUAACGGGAACUACAUCUCGAACCCAUGCUGCCGUUUUGGGUAUUUCAGCUGUCCUUAUAAGCGUACUAAUCCACCGUCUCUCUCAAUAG